AUGGAAGAUGAGAUCUUUGAAAAGAUCGUGUAUGUUAUUAACCAGCUGGUCGCUUGGAUCGCAUCUCUGGCUAUUGUAUUUGGCGGCGUGGUACCUUACAUUCCUCAGUACAGGGAUAUCAAAAGAUCCCAGAAUGCUGAGGGAUUCUCCACAUACGUCUGUCUUGUCCUCCUAGUAGCCAACAUUUUAAGAAUUCUUUUUAGGUUUGGACGCUACUUUGAGGACCCUCUCUUAUGGCAGAGUAUUAUAAUGAUUGUGACCAUGCUGGUCAUGCUGAACCUGUGCACUAGCGUCCGCAUGGCAUCGGAACUCAACACCAAGCGUCGCUCCUUCACAGCAACAGACAGUAAGGACGAGGAGAUCAGAAUUCCUAAGAAGCUCUUUCUGGACUUCGACUGGAACUACUUCUGGUCAUGGAGUCGUUUUGUGGACUACCUGCAGUGCGUGCUGGCCUUCACGGUGUUGGCGGCCUACGUGACGUACCUCCUGCUGGACUCUGUGCUGUUCGUGGAGACACUGGGUUUUUUGGCCGUGUUUACGGAGGCUAUGCUGGGCACACCGCAGCUCUACUGCAACUACCAGAACAAGUCCACUGAGGGCAUGAGCAUUAAAAUGGUGCUCAUGUGGACGAGCGGUGACACCUUUAAGACGGUUUAUUUCCUGCUGACGCAGGCCCCGGUGCAGUUCUGGAUCUGUGGAAUGCUUCAGGUCUGUGUGGAUGUGGCCAUACUGUCUCAGGUCUACUAUUACAGCCGUUACCCUCAGAAACCUGUCUCGCACACGGUGCACACAACCAGUGCCAAGGCACUCUGA